AUGUCCAGCAGCUUAGACCAAUUCAUCAUGGAAGAUGUAGCCAGGAACUGUCCCCAACAGUUCAUGGAAUACCAUAAAUGUGUGUCGGAAAACCGUGAAGACCCUAGCCAGUGUGCUUUCAGACAAAGAGACCUAUCAGUGUGCAUUAAGCAGAAGGUACCGAGCGUUCAAAAAGUGAUGAGUAACUGUGGAUCACUCAUGGCUAAAUACGAGACAUGUCUGAGGGAAAACAUGGAAUCAAGAACAAUCAACGAAAAUUGCAUCCCACUACUGAACCAAAUGCGCCAGUGCGCAGAGGCUCAAAUUCAGGGUCCCAGCCCGAUCAAUCAGCUGUGA